UACAACAGCAAACUACUGACGGAGGGAGGUUUACCUCGUUCUACAUGGAAACCGAGAUUUUGUGUUUGGACACAGCUUCAAUCAAGAACACAAACCCAUAACCAGGCUUAAUUCACGUGACCCUCAUGCAUUCGUUUCAGUACGCAACACAAGGCGUGUUUUCCUGACUCCACUCAGACACGUGUAGAUGAACACACACGAUCUCUCUCUCAUCUUUUCCACUCUUGAACGCCAGUCACCGCAGGCCGAUACCGGAUUGUACAUUAACAUUUUGGUGAGUCGUACUAACUACUGGACGAACAACCACAAUUUAUACAGAUCAUCUGUUGACGUGGACUAUUGAACUACUACAUGUACUUAACAUUUUUAAGGAUCAACUUGCUUUGAAAAAACAGAACUCCAUCAAGAAGUUCCUACAAAAAGGGAAGAAGUCCAUUGAGACUUGAGGCUACAGACGGCCAUGGACCCGGAGAUUGACCGAGCCAGACUUCUGGACCACUACUCCAAAGCACUAAACGACAUAGAGAACAACAUCCGAGAAACCAAGCACAACGAAGAGGCUCCCAAGGACAAGGUCUUUGAAAAGAGUGAGAGCGACGCUGGCGAUGGCAACAGCGGACUGGACGCACAAGGUGACCAACCAUGCACGAUCGAACGCUCUACACUCAAGUUCAAGGCGUUCUUUUUCCUCUUCAAGGGUAGCAAGUCCUGCAUCGUACCAUUCCUUCCUGUCUACUACCAGCAGUUUGGGCUUGUUGCGAGCCAGAUUGGGCUACUUCAGAGCUGUUCUCCGUUCACGCAGAUACCAUUGAUGAUGACCAUUACAUGUCUGGCUGACCGCCUCAACCUACGCAAAACGCUAAUUAUAAUAAGCCUCAUAGGCUGGAUCCUUGGUAUAGGAUGCGUUUCGCUUGUACCCGCUCCUCGCCAGCUUCGGUGCGCGUUAGCGCUGUCCAAACUACAGGAGUACAAACACGACCUCAACGGCAGUGAAUGUCCAAACAUCACAACGGGUUUCAACUCAACCACGGGGGUAGUCUUAUUAAAACGUUUUGAAACCCCUGUACGGACUACCCGCGAGUCCCACGAGUCAUUAUUACAAGAGGAACAACAGCAACCUCACGAGUACCUCUCAACCUUAAACGCAACCUCACCAGCCCCGUCUACUAAACAGCCAAACGUAUCCAAAGACAUCAUCUACGCACCUUUGAAGCAAAGCCUUCCGGGUUCCCACAGAACGGUCGGGACCAAGACCCCUUCGGUACAUAACGUCAUAUAUUCCCCACAACACUUCCCAAAGGAGCUCACCAAGAACAUAUCUUACAAAGAUGCCGUCACCCUCACCGAAUACAAAUGGCUGUACAAUCCAACGGACUUGCACAAUCUGUUUGUCGUGUUUCUCCUACUGAGUGUGUUUGGGUCCGUGUUCCAGGGGCCAGUUCAUGCUCUCAGUAAUGCUGCUGUGCUAGACAGCUUGUAUGUUAAAGGGAACACGGUGGACUACGGUUACCAGAAGGCUUUUGGUCCAGUCGGUGCUGCAAUUGGGACUUUGGCAAUGGGUGCUUAUCUGUCCACGACGGAACGACCUACAGUGAUGUUCGGAGUAGAGGUUCCUCACACGGAUUACCGGAUCGCAUUCAUCGUGUUUGUUAUUACCAUGAUCACGUGUCUACCAUUGGCGUUUACAUUCGACGCACCACCGAAACGCAAGGAGGAAACUGAGUUUUCGUUGAAGAUCCUCGCUGAAAUAAUCUGUAGUGCAAAGUACGGAUCAUUUCUUCUCGCUAGUGCGUGGACAGGGGUUGCGUCAGGGCUGAGUACCAGCUUCCUCUUCUGGUAUAUCAUGUCUGUGGGCGGAUCUCACGUCAUCAUGGGUGUGGCCGGACUGACAGCCCUGGGAGCUGAGACCAUCACCUACUUUGCCCUGCCGCAGAUAAGCCGCUUCGUCUCCCAUCACACUCUGAUGCUGUCAUGCCUCCUUCUCGUGGUCAUACGUUUCUUCCUCUAUGGCAUCUUCGUCAACCCAUGGUGGCUGGUUAUACCGGAAUGUUUCAAAGGUAUGAGUGCUGCUAUAGUGGAGUACACAUUGGGCGCCAUCUUUGCUGACGAAACACUCAUCUCCUACUCGUGCUCACUACAGGGGUCGUUCCUCCUCGCCUACUACGCCGUCGGCUUCGGAAUGGGGAGCAUCUUGGGCGGGGUGGUCAUCGACGCUCUGGGUGCCGUCAAAUCCUUCUUCGUGGUUUCUCUGAUCUCACUGAUUCUGUCAGUUCUGUUUCUGAUCAUAAGGUCGAUCCGGUACGGGUAUGACAGACUUCAAGAUUAAUGUUUCUCGUGUAAAUUACUGAAUUAUUAGGUAGGUUUAAAGGGUGUAUGUACUUUUUGUAGGACAAAAAAACACAAUGUCCACAGAUUUACACUAAACUUACACAGUUUG